AUGGCGAUUGUCAAUGGUCGAACGGAACAAGAGACCAAGAAGAACGUAACGUUAACACGUGGAAACUUUAUAAGUUUUGAUGAUGAUGAUGGAGAUGAUGGAGAUGAUGACAGUUCAGAAGAUAGUACGGAGUUGUCUGCUAUAGGUAGCUCWGAAGAUGGUCCAGAGACUAAGGAAGGAAGACCAAACUGGAUGGAAUUGAUGGGGAAAAAUGUAAAGGAAACAGCAAAGAAAGUUGCAAAGGAGAUUGAAAAACUCAAAAAAGAAAAAUCAAAUGAUAUUUCCGAGAAUUUACAGAAUGACUUAACUCCUCCAACUCAGCUAAUAACCGAAGUAAAAGACAAGCUGAAAGGCUUCACUGGGCCAUUAGCGACGCAAGUUAAAACUAAGGUCGGCGAACUGAAUACAAAAUGGAAAACUAUGYCAGAAACCGACAGGAAGGGCGUUGCAGCUACUCUCGGUGUUGUUGCUUCAAAUAUUGAGAAAUUUGGCGAUGCCGGAAGUAAUCCCAUUGUGUGUCGUUCAAGGAGCCAUAAACAUCGUUGGUGCAAUAUCUACGUUUUUUGGUCCAGCUGGUCAGUUGGUAAGCAUUGGUUUGAGCUUCGUUUCUGGUCUGUUGGGAUUGUUUGGUCAAGGUCCAAAGCCGAAACCACUGGGGGAAAUCGUGAGAGAACAAAUUGA